AUGGAGAUUCACCAUGAAAGAAUUCUUGGCGAAGAUGCUCAUCAUGAUAUCAAUUGCGAGGACGAUAGCAUCCCAGAGCACAAUGGUUCCAGUAAUUCUUCUCCAACUCCUUCUCUCUCACCUCAAGACGUGAUGAUCGGUGACGAACACCAGCAGCAACACGCCGUAAAGCAAUGGAGUUACGAAGAGCAGUUUCGACAGCCUGACAGAAAGGAAUUUCUUGAUAAACUCUUUGAUUACAUGGCAAAGAAAGGGACUCCUAUCACACGAAUUCCAAUCAUGGCCAAACAGCCAUUAGAUAUGUACAAACUAUUUAAACUUGUUGUAGAGAGAGGAGGACUGGUUGAAGUAAGUGAUUUCUUUGCUUGAGACAACUAUUUUUUAAAUGCACUAUCAUACAGGUUAUCAAGAAAAAAGCAGGGGGGAUAUGCUAAGGAGCUAAAUUUACCAGCCUCCAUUACAAGUGCAGCUUUCACUAUGCGAUCUCAAUAUGUAAAGUACCUUUAUCCAUAUGAAUGUGAAGUUGAAUGCCUCUCAGAUCCCAAAGAACUUCAAAUGGCAAUUGAAAGCAAUAAGAGAGAUAGAAGACACAGUGACAAUGUUGAUUUUUUACAAACUUGUAGAGAAAGUGAACGCAGAGAUCAACUUCUUAGUCAACCUACUUACGCUGUUACUGGGACUCCAAGUGGUUUGCAGCUGAUAAGCUCUCCAACAGUAGCCAUACCACAGGCAUCCAUGCCACCAUAUUCUGGAGGGUUUAUCAUCACUCCAGGUGGUACUACAGCACACGUUGUUCAUCCCUCAAGACUCUCCCCAGGAGGACCUCAAUUGCUCCAAAUGGCAGCAGCAACUCAUCCUCACUUACCCAUCGUAGUCCCUACAACUCUCCAAGGAACUGGACCAUUAGCAGCUAUGAUACCAGUGAAACCCGAACAGAGUAGUUCUUUAUUGAACAACGAAAAGAAAGCAGAUGAUCAUGAUGAUGAAUCUCCAGUGAGAGGACAUCACCAUCCACAAAUGCCCAUUGUUGUUCACACGGCUCUUCAAGCACCCCAAUCUCAAAGUGGAAUAAAUUUAGAGAAUAGUUCUUCUAUACUAGUAACUCUAGAACUGAGUGGUACUGUUUAUCAAGGUGUUCUUUUCGCUUGUCCACGAAACACUAAUACAUCGUCUCUCCGCCAAGAUAACAAAGGACUCCUUGAGAAAAAAGAAAACAUUUAUCUCUUCUCUUUUAUCAUAAUUAUUAUAUUUAUCCAUAAUGCACAGAGCUAG